AUGCCACCAAAUCUGCGCGGCUCAUUGCCGAGAUCCCUGUCGCGUCCCCUGGACAGCGGGGGAGUCUUCUACUGCCCGUCCUGCUCAACCUGGCGACGAACCAUCUCAACGCGUCGGAAAACGUACCGCCCCGGAACGAGCACGAGCACGAGCGGCAUUAUCCCGCGAGGUCGAGACGGAGACUUGAAUGCUCAACGACAAACAUUUACCACGUCGUCUGCGAUUAAUGCGGGCAAGAAUGUACCGCCGCGGUUUAAGGAAUUGUAUGCGGCAUUGAAUCGGGUUGGGGAUGUUGCGACGGAUCGGGUGAAUCUGAGUCGGUUGCAAUUGGCCCUGAGGGGACUGGAGUCGGAGGAGCCGCUUGUACGUGUUGCUGUGCUCGGAUUGAACGAUACGAAUGCCGCGCGCAGGCUUGUCCGGUUGUUGCUUUCCGAUCCGCUGUCGUCUAGGGAGGAUUGGGAGGACAUGCUUGAGGGAUAUGAAGCUGAUACUUCGCGUGGAUUGUUGAUACGAUACGGCGAAGAAUGCCAGUCCAUCCCGAACAACCUCCUCCCCACAAUCUCCAUUCCCUCACAACUGUUGAAGAAAGCCAACAUGGAGAUUCUGGUUUCUAGUCUAGGUGCAGAAGUGGCGGACUCAUCAGCAGCCCAGUUCACAGCAGACACGUUCCUCGUCCCGACAGUGACCAUCCGCACCUCGCAUUCCGGUCGACACAAUGUCGUGCGCUACCCGGUUCACAAGAGCAUCGUGUGCGGAAGUGGAGUGGAAGAUCUAGUUUCAUACAGUGGCCUGAUUGCGCGGUCUGAUUUGAAGCGGGAAACGAAGUCUGUCUACGGAGCGAUUGAGAUGGAAGUUUCGGACAAAGAAAAGAGGAAUGACCGGUUUGCUUUUGUGGACAUCGAACAGGCCGAGGAGGCAUUGAACAAAUUCCGCGAGUCUGUGCAGAAUGCGUCUCUCUACGAGCGUGGGUGGAAUAGCAGUGGUGUGCAGCCAGUCGUGGACUGGUUGGCGUCCAUGCGGGAAAGUGGAGAGAGUCUGGAUCCGUCAUUGAAGACGCUGAUUCUGUCUUUGCUGGAUGCCGCGGAAGAAGGGGUUCUGGCCAAGGAAGCUCAAAAGGCUCAGGAGCAAGUAGAAGCGGGUGUCUCCGAGGAAGUCCGGACGCAGCUGGGCCGGUCUGUGGAUAUGUGGGCGGAGCGAGCGCAUUCGGAACUCCGGAGCUCUCUCGAAAAAGGCUUCGCUAGUAAGCGGUGGAGAGGCCUGGCGUGGUGGAGGCUGUUUUUGCGCGUGGAUGAUGUGAGCAUGCUCACGUCUGAAAUCCUAGAGAGACGAUAUCUGCAGGGAGCUGAGAAGGAGGUCAUUUGGACGGCGGGCCGGCUCCAGCAGGCGGGCCUGAUGGACAACCUGGAACCUUCUGAACCAACAGAGCUGAAAGAAGAACAGCAAGCACUCGUGGAACAGACGACUUCGCCCGUGCCCUGGCCGGUACAGAUCUCCACUAGCCGCACGCGACUACUCAAUACAACGGUACCGGCCCUGCAGGCGCUGGCGCAAAGGUUGGUGCUGUUCAGCAUGUCAACGACGACGCUGACGUCUGCGCUGUCGGGACUGACCUAUCUCUCGUUUCCUACGGCGUCAGUCUACGAGACGUACACGAUGGCAGCGGUGGGAUUGGUGUACUCGCUGCGCCGGCAACAGACCAAGUGGGAGCGCGCGCGCGAGUUCUGGGAGGACGAAGUCCGAGAAGAAGGCCGGACGGUUCUUCGAUCAACCGAGGAGCAGUUGCGAACAUUGGUGCAGGAAGGCGGUCGACCUGCCAUCGAGGGCACUGAAGAUGAAGCGCGCGAGAGCAUUGAGCAGGCGCGGAAGGCCGUGGAGGAUAUGGAUGUCAAAUCUACAGAACCCUAG